CUCACCGUGGAGUGGGCCAGUAUCAGUCGUUGAACCAAACGUGCUGCUGCUCCGCGCCUUUCAGCGUUCGGACCACGUCGUCUCAGAGCAUUCAUUCAUUCUUCAUUCAUUCUUCAUUGACGUCUUCGCGUUUGACGCUGAUAUCAUGUCUAAAGGUACUGUGGUUCUGGCCUACAGCGGUGGACUUGACACAUCGUGUAUUCUAGUGUGGCUCCAGGAGCAGGGCUACGAUGUCAUCACAUUUUUGGCUAAUAUUGGACAAGAUGAAGAUUUUGAAGCUGCGCGAAAGAAAGCAGAAAGCCUUGGCGCAAAGAAGGUUUUCAUCGAGGACCUGCGCAGGGACUUUGUGGAGAACUUCAUCUGGCCGUCGGUUCAGGCCAACGCUGUGUACGAGGACCGGUACCUUCUGGGCACGGCCAUAGCGAGGCCCUGCAUCGCCCGUCGUCAGGUCGAGAUCGCACGCAAGGAGGGGGCUCAGUUUGUGUCCCAUGGGGCCACCGGCAAGGGAAAUGACCAGAUACGCUUUGAGCUUACGUGCUACGCCCUGUACCCAGAGGUCAAGAUCAUUGCACCAUGGAGGAUCCCUGAAUUUUACAAUCGCUUCAGGGGGAGAAAGGACCUGAUGGAGUAUGCAGAGAAACAUGGCAUCCCAGUGCCGGUCACUCCUCGGGCCCCCUGGAGCAUGGAUGCCAAUCUCAUGCAUAUCAGCUAUGAAUCAGGCAUCUUGGAGAAUCCCAAGAGCCAUGCUCCAGCUGACCUCUACCUGAUGACCAAAAACCCACAGGAUUCUCCAAAUGUCCCAGAUGUUCUGGAGAUAGAGUUUAAAAAUGGAGUUCCUGUCAAGGUGAUGGACGUGAAGGAAGGGAAAUCCAAAGAAAUGCCGCUGGAUAUUUUCUCAUUCCUCAAUGAAAUAGGGGGAAAACAUGGAGUCGGGCGCAUUGACAUCGUAGAGAAUCGUUUCAUCGGCAUGAAGUCUCGAGGGAUAUAUGAAACUCCUGGAGGCACAAUCUUGCUGGAAGCCCAUCUGGACAUCGAGACAUUUACCAUGGACAAGGAGGUCCGACGGAUCAAACAGGGACUUGGCGUCAAGUUCUCAGAACUUGUCUACAAUGGCUUCUGGUACAGUCCAGAAUGUGACUUUGUGCGACACUGCAUAGCCAAGUCUCAGGAAAACGUCGAGGGCAAAGUCCAGCUGUCUGUCUUCAAGGGACAGGUUUACCUCCUGGGACGAGAGUCGCCAAAGUCGCUGUACAACGAGGAGUUGGUCAGCAUGGAUGUACAAGGAGACUACGACCCUGGUGACGCCUCCGGAUUCAUAAGGGUUAAUGCUGUCAGGCUAAGAGAGCAUCAUCGUUUGCAGGGUUUCUCUGGCAGCAAGCAGUAACUGUUGAACCAUCUUUCUUUCUUCUUCCAUGUUGCCACUGUGUCUUAAACUCUUAAUAGGUUUAGACUUUGUUCCUCCAUUGUCGACCUCUUGGCUUAUUAUCUUGUGCAGUUGUGUCAGCCUGUAAGCACAAUAGCCUCUUAUCAUCGAAACUGUUUCUCAGAUGUUCAGGUUUUAGAAAAACUUGUAAUUUAAAUCAAAAUUAAAUCAAAAUAUAAAUCAAAAUAAAAUUAAAUCAAAAUAUAUUCUAAUGGGUACUAAUCAUGAUGUUUGAUAUAAUACUUAGUAUUUUAGCUACCAAGUUUGUUUUCUUCUUAAUACAUGCAUUUUUUGGUUAGAGGUUUAGCUUUGUAACUACCAUUAGUAGAACUGUUAAAACACUAUUGAUUGUUAAUUUGAGCUGGUCUGGUAAGAAAUAAUAAAAUAUACAACUUUAAUCAUUUGAGCAGCAAGACUUGGGUGUUCAAGCUUGAAUGUGUUGUUUUUCUGCAAUCAAUUAGAUACACUGAAAAAUAAUUGGUUAUUUCGUCUUAUACAUAGUCAUAGGCAAACAAUGUAAUUUUUUUAUCACUCUUCUUGUCAGAAAUACUGGAACUCCUUUAACUUGCUUGGUUUUCUGGCAAAUGCUACAUUAGUUUACUUUAUCCAUUGUAAACAAUAAUUUGUGCUGCAUAUGGUUUUGUUUUUCUGUCAGCUUGUAAGGCAACGAUGAAGAAACGCGAGGUAGUUUUCCAUCUUCAUAUUACAUUCCCUUUGUCUGCACAAACGGUAGCAAAACAACCCCUCAGCAUGAUGCUGCUACUUGUCAGCUGGUGUUCUUACCACAACUCCUCCAAAUUGAAUUCAUGUUAGGGUGGCCAAAUUUAUGACAAACUGAAAUGUUAAUGACUCUCAGAUGUUACCUACAAAGAAGGAAGUAGUUUUAUUUUGUUUGAAGAUGAAUGUUUUGGACAUUUGGUUGGAAUUGAACGUAAGAAUUACUGAAACUUUAUGUUUCAUGAUGAUUCCAUAAAAAGAAAAGCUCGCAUUCA